AUGUCUGAACGCGCUGCCCAGUCCCCUCCUCCUGAGGAGCAGUCCGGAAGACAGCUCAAUGACCCCCCAGCCAGCGGCAAGGGCACUGAUGAUGCUUCUAACAAGGAGCAAAUCAACAAGAGUGGUCUCGAGAACUUGAGCUCCAACCCCAAGGGUCCAAUGGACGACGAGGUCACCAAGAAGUUUGCCAAGAAUACUAAGAUGGGAGAGUCACAGUAA